AAUGUGGCCGGACAAUUCCAGGGAUGUCUAAAGGCCAGAUAAUGAUGAGAGUGCUGGUAACUAGUGGUACUGGUGACAAACUACGGGGAUCCUGUGUGUACUUUCUCAGAACAAAAACUGAUGUCAAUAUUACCAGCAAAAAUAUUGAAACGGAGAUAUUCUUUGGGUAUUUGGAAGUAAACCAAAAUGCAGGAAUUCUGACAGCAUUUGAGUCUGUGAUGGCUAGUGUGUAUUUACCAGCUCUGAAGGCAUAUGAAAAUUGGGGAGAAUUAGAAGAUUCCCCUCAAGGAAGAAAAACAAAGAAAAACUUCAUCGACAGUUUUGACAAUUUUCUUAUGUACUUGAGAAGUGCCCAGGCUAACUCUGGUGAAGGGGUGCGUUUGGCUAAAAGUACAAGUGGAAGGAUUAAUCUCAAAGAAGUCAGAACUGUGUCAGACUGCAUUCCUGUAGCAUCCAAUCCAGAUAUUGUAGCAGAUAUGGAAGACCUGGCUUCAACAUGGUGCAGACAGAUUGAACAGAUUUUAGCUGAGAGUGAUCAAAUGCGCAAAGAAGCUGAUGACACUGGUCCCUUAGCAGAGCUGGAACAUUGGCGACAGCUGAUGGCCAGGUUUAAUGCCUUGCUAGAACAAAUAAAAAGCCAUGAAUGCAGGAUGGUCAUCAACAUCCUCAAUGUAGCAAGGUCAAAAGUAUUAAGG